CAUAUCAUCAUAUCAUCAUACUGCUGUGGUUUGAUUGUGGAGUGAGCCAGCAGCAACUGAACCAAAACAAGAGGGGAGGAGACAAAACGAGGACACAGCUGGACUUCAUCCGUGAUCAGUAGAAAACACAUCAGUUUGGGAUCUGAUUUUAGAAAUUCUCCUGAAGUAACGCCGAUUUAAAUGAAUCAAGUCCUAUGAGUUUGCAUUAUGCCACCAAAGGACUGAAAAUAUAAAGUCACUUCCCUGCGAACCUGAACAACUGAGGGGGACAGGAGCGAGGAAGCAAGAAAAGCCGGACCUCCGUGCUUGGACCCAGACCAAAAGCGAUAUUUUGUACAGUGGGAUCAAACGAAACAUUACGAUGUAAAAGUGAGGAGGCACUCCUUCCGGCUUGGUUUGUCCGACUUCUGAGUAAAUCCGAGAAAGGAUGGGGAGACGUGCAGCUGACCCAAAAACUCCAGUGCCACUUUUAGGGGUUCCGGCCCUGGUGGGGUCACGUGGAUGGAAAUCAAUGGGGGCAGAGAGAGCUGGUGGACCGUCAUCUGUGACAUGGAGCCUUCAGUGCAGCGUUGGUGUUCAGACAUCCCCGGGAAUAAAAUGGCCACCUGCCCAGCCCGGUGUAAAGCUGACAGACCUGCUCCCCACGCAACUGGACAACAGCAUUACUCAAACAUCCAAUGGGUUUAUUACCAAGGAAUCUGAAGAUGAGCAGAUGUUACUGCAAACGAAGAGUUACAGAGAGGGGGGCGCUAUUUUAAAACAGAAAAGCGUGGAAUCCAAGACCAAAAAGGAGGUGACAUUCAAAGCACUUCCAGAGCCCUCUGAGGAGGUGGCCUGCAGUUUGUGGAACAGUGGAAAUUAUUGCUAUGCCAGGGCAAUCAAGACUAACGCACACUUAACAGGGAAUCUAGUGAAUGGUAAGCCCAAAUUAAAGCUCAACGCCCGCUACACCAACGGUAGUGUGGUUGACUCAGAGGCUAUAGGUGGAAUUAGUACUGAUGGCAAUGAUGACACAGAGCCUGUAAAGGGUACAAGUUUUCAUGGAUCAGACCGAGCCAAACUUGUAGGCCAUAAUUUGGAUCAGCCUGAGAAAGCAAAGCUGUUAUCUGCCGCCCGACCUUUCAGUGUGUCACAAAAAAUAUGCAAUCAAUGUGGUGGAAGAAGAACUGCAGCCCUGGGAGCUCCUGCUCAGGCGGAGAAGAGGUCUAGUAGUGCCUGCCUAGAAAGAGCUAAAUUAAAGUCAAGCCUUACCUCGCCCUCAACCUCUACACAUCUGCUGUCUCAUAAUGCAGAGAAACACAGAGACCCCGCAAACAGUGACAGAGGGCUUGACCUCACGCUCAGCCAAUCACGACUCUAUCUUAAUGGAGAAGCGAGUCACACAAAAAUAUCACAUCCUCCAUAUCCAGCAAACUCCACUAAUGGAGACUCGAGGGAUCAUCUGGUACCUCAACUGCAUACACAUCGCAACCACCAUUCCACACCAACCCACCUCACAACCAUCUUACACACUAAAACAAUCACUGUCACCAAGGCAACUAUUGAGACAAGGCAAGAUGAUGAUGCUUUGAAUUCUCUGGAAAACAAAUCACAGGUCAGACAGAUACCUCGGCCAAAAAGUUCAAGUUUGCCGGUACAAAUGGCCACAGCUACCAGGUCAAACAACCCACAAACAAGUACUUACCUUCAGCACCCUAAAACACCACAACUUGUCACUGCACAUUUGCUAAAAAAUGUAUGUGUACCUGUACACCCUACAUCUGUCAGUACACCACUUCCGGUGAUUUCGUUGGAAUCUACUCGGUCGAACCUAACCACUUCCCCUCCAGCUGCGAACAAACAUCACAUGACCAAGACCCAUGCACUUGCAAGGACACCUAACACACCCUGCAAAAACACACACCAUGAAGCCACAGACUUAAAUCCUUCAAAAACGUUCUCUCAAAGCAUAGCUUCAAGUGCUAGCAUGCCACAUGAAACCACACCAUGGCACUCAACUUACGCACAUCAAAAAAUCAGUGGCACAAAUACUACUCAAAACCAAUCUAUGACACUAAAAUCUCCCAAUGCAUUACAAACAAUUAAUAUAUCAGACCCCACUUACCAAUCCAGCACGGCCGCACCAUCUAAACCCCUAAGCACAGCCUUUACUGGACCUGAGCCAGUUACUAAACUGCAAACAACAUCUUGCUCAAAAGUAAAGAGCAAAUCGCCAAGAAAGGCCUAUUGUGUUGACGUGACAAUGUACCCAGCAGUAUUCUCCACGCCUGCUAGAAAUCCAAGCACAUCCACAGCUAAUACACUUGACAGCUCAAUUCUCCCAAAAAAUUGUUUGAAUUGUGUCACCACUUCUUGUUUAGCUAUGCCUGCUGUUACUAAACCUGUCAGCUCACAAAUUCCCACCGAACCCCUCAGUUUCAAUUUUGGUUCGGAUACAACUGCAAUGCUAAAUACUAAUACUGACUCUUUUCAUACAGGGACACCCUGUAAAACUUUGAGUGCAUCAACGUCAAUUGAUUUCUUGACCUCUAAAACUGCACCGCAUGAGACUAUAAUUGCUGAGGCUUCUGACACUCAGUGCACAGUGAAAGACCUCCAGUCUCUGAGUAAGACACCACAACCUAAACUCUCAAACCUAAAUGCCAAGUCAAAUAGAAUUACAAUGCUCAACUGCAAACCUACAUUUAGAAGCACGCUACAUAAAAUCAUACCCAUCAGGACUACUCCAUCAAGCGUGAAAAACUCCACAUCCAGCACCCCUCUCUCUACAUCUCCAGGACUGACUGGAAACUCUAGUGAGACUCAUCUAUCACAUUCAACUUCAUCUCAUCGAUCGACUGAUGCAUCCCAACACACCAGAGAGCUAGAGCUUGACACCGCUCCAUGCACAAUUAAAUCUUGUCAUACACAAACCACAACAAACAUCAAAAGUCAUCCCCGUGAUGGAUCAGACAUCUGCAAGGCUGUUGCAAGUUAUCACGCCACAAUAAAUUCACAGUCUGACAGUCCCACAGCAAUGCCAGCCUCGCUCUCAAAGAAUCAAUCUAAAAGACUAAAUGAUGCUCCAAAAGUAUUGCCGACAAACAGUGACCAACAUCACUUAGACAUAUCUCACCAAAACCUACAAACAAAUGUAUCUAUUUGGUCAAUACCCAAUACACAUGUCGCAAAUCACGCAAGCAUCAACAAUAUUGUCGAACCUAUCCCAGCCAUCAAUUCAAUUAUCAAAUCAUGUUCAACUGAGAACAGGGACAAAUGUAAAAUGAUCAAUGAACCAGUAACGCAGAAGUCCACACUCCAUAAAAACUCAAAUCUCUUACAGGCCACUAACCUUGAGAAUUAUAAUUCCCUCAGGAAGUCGGAUAAUUCCUGGCUGCAGGGAUGCAUAAAUAUAAAACAACAAGGGCAAGAACAACAUGAAGGAUACACAAUCACAAAACAGGAGGGACACAGUGAUCCACACCCACAUGUCAAAACAGCAGAGGUGACACAUUCAAAUACAGAACGAUUCGCUCUUGGCGUAUCAGCAAGCCAUGCAAAUAUUCAGCUUAAAUCCGGCACCAACAAACAUACACAUAGCAAAUACCCAGCAUCCUCUGACAUAGCACAAACAAACUGUAAGCCACUUAUUGUAUCACCGGCACACACUGCUGCACUUGUCAACCCUAUCAUCGAACUAUCACACCAAAACUCUGACUCAGAAACAUCAUUACUGCAACACACGCUUACAAGUCCAGAGCUCUCAGUCAGUUCAAAUGCCUCAUUCGCCACAGAUGUAGAGCUUUGUGCAAACACAGCCCCGGAUACCGCUUCUAAUGUCGUGUUGCCUGCAUCAUGGAUGUACUUGGCAUCCCUGCGCCGCAUCCGUUCCAAUGAGACACAUUCAAUGAUCAGACCAGUUUCACAAUUGAGCCCUGACCCCCUCCACCUCAGCCUGGAGGACCCUCGCCUGGCUCACUUCCACCCAGCUGGCGCAGCCCUGUUGCUUCCUCCCUCCCCACAGUGCUGCAAAUCGGCAGCCCUACAACAAAGGCUAGAGACUGUAGAGGCCAGCCUAGAGACCAACAAGGACAGGAUCUCUACACUGCUCAACAUUAUCCAUGACCUGGAGAUGUGCUAUGCUCCCAGCAACGGUCUCCGGUGCUACAAAACAGGACAGGACCUAAAAAACUGCUCAACAUGUCAGAGGACUGCUUGCAUAGUAUAUAGUGUGGAGUAUGACUUCAGGCAACAAGAAAGACAACUCUUGGAGCUUCUGAAUCAUCCAACUAAGGAGAAUAAAACUCUCCCCAUCCCCCAUUAUCAAUCCCACAACCUCACCCUGCUCAGAGAAGUCCUUAUAAAGCACAUGACUAAGUCAAAGGCCAAAAGCAAGAAGCUGUGCAAGACACUGAUCAGAUGGCUGCCCAGGAAACGCAUGUAAAUCUUUUGCAGAUGCAGAUGGACUGUAGGAGCUUUUGUGUUAUACUGAUUGGAAGCAGUAUUUAUAGAGCACUCCUGUAAUUUAUUCUUUUUUUUCCCCACCCAUAGACUGGAAGUUUAGUAUUGAAUAUGUUGCCUCCUGUAAGGUUUCCUCCUCCCCUGUACUUUCAAAGCAAUCAAGUGGGAGUUUGAACUUGUAAUUGCCUGUCUUUGUACCUGCCCUUUCAGCCUUCCUGCCAUCUAUUUGAAAUGUUUUAUUUUACUACUAAAGUUAUUGCAAUUUUGUCAUCACAAACUCUAAAGAAGUUACAGGAGACAUUCAUUAAACUGUCUAAUCAUGACUUCAGACUUUCCUAUUCAGCUGAAUAUAUGGGAAUAGAGAUAUAUUGUGUUGUAGUGAUAUAACCUACUGAAUAUCAAAGGGGUGUGCCCAAAUCUGAAUUUUCGAGUAAAAAAAAAAAUGUAACAUCCGAAUAUCAUCUACAGUAUCUUUAUUUUCUUUUGAUAAGGUCAUUGCUUUAUGGCAAUAUACAAUAUACAACCAUUGCACUAGCACAACCAUACAACCAUCAAUAUACAACCAAACAACCACUGCAGCUGAACAUGAGGCUAAUGUAACUAACAUAUUUCAGGGAUUAAUAUCUAUUUCGUAAUAACAAAUCAAUAACCCAUGUAUACAAUAUUAAAAGCUCAGUAACCCUUUUUUUCCAGUGUGCAAGGUCCCCCAAGUCAACAAAUUAAUGACAUAGUGAAAUAGCUCUCAAUAACUUUUUUUUGUCAAAGCUAGGUGUUAGCAACACAUUGCUUACAAGCAAUGUAUGGAUAACUUAUUUACAAAGUUCCAACAGGGCAGGGUGUCUGGGUAGCGUAGCAGUCUAUUCCAUUGCCCACCAACACGGGGAUCGCUGGUUCGAAUCUCCGUGUUACCUCCGGCUUGGUCGGGCGUCCUUACAGACACAGUUGGCCGUGUCUGCGGGUGGGAAGCCGGAUGUGGGUUUGUGUCCUGGUCGCUUCACUAAUGCCUCCUCUGAUUGGUCAAGGCGCCUGUUCAGGGGGGAGGGGGAACUGGGGGGGAUAGCGUGAUCCUCCCAUGCGUUAUGUCCCCCUGGGGAAACUCCUCACUGUCAGGUGAAAUGAAGUGGUUGGCGACUCCACAUGUAGGAGGCAUGUGGUAGUCUGCAGCCGUCCCUGGAUCGGCAGAGGGGGUGGAGCAGAGACCGGGACAGCUCGGAAGAGUCGGGUAAUUGGAUGGGUACAAUUGGGGAGAAAAAGGGUGGAAAAUUCCCCCCCCCAAAAAAUAAAAAGUUUCAACAGGGCAGUGGUGGGGUCCAUACGUCAAAUGAACCAUCGAAUGAGCCAUUUAAAAGUACCUAUAUUUAAAAAUACUAAUACUUGGAACAUAUUUUACAUUCACUCGAUUAACAAUGAGGUUAGAAAUAUGUUAAAAUUUAACAUGAGCAGCGGUAUCACAUCUGUUUUCAUGUUUUAUCUGAAUAUGAAUAGAAAUGAUAUUUCUCAAUAAGCAUACAGAUGGUGGUAUCUCUCUAAACCCCUACAGUAUGAAUUAAGUUAUGCAUUAGAGGUUACUGAUUUGUUGGUGUUUCCCUUGAAUUGAUCCCUCUCUGGCUUUUCCAACAGUUACUGUUAUUUUUUAACAGAAUCAUUUGAAAGAGUAUAAAAAA